AUGUUUUGUAUUUAUAAAAAUAUCUUCCAGGAUAACCGGCCUAGCAAUUUGCAUGGGCCCAGUAUUUCCCAAAAAUUCAACCUAGAGCCAGUGGAGAUGGAACAUUCAAGGAAGAAGAGAAAACUUGAAACUGAGAAAGCUACUGCCAAAGACAUUGCUGCACCUGCAACCUCCUCAAAACUUAUGCAAUCUCAUUCGCAGGCCAGCAGUCCAGCAAACAACCAACUGGUGCCUGCCAGUUCACACAUUUUCUCAUUUGUGCCAGUUCAUUUCCAGAGAUCAGUUUCUCCUCCUCCCUUGGUGCACCAGUGGUCCCUACAGCUAUCUCCUGAAAUUGACUCAGAUAACAGCCCUUUAGAUGAUUAUUAUGCUGCGGACUAUGACACUGCAGAUAAUUCACUCUCCUCCAAGAUUAUCUCUAAGGCAGAGCCUUCGCAGGCAUAUGAUAUGCGUGACAAUCUGCUGCAGCCCCCCACACUACCCUCUUGCCCAUCAUCCACAGUCACAAAUCCCAACUCUACCGACUUAAUUGCUAGCCAUCUGCAGGAUCAAACAGAAAGUGAAGGAAAGGCCAAUCUGCCAAUUCACUACUUGAACGCCUUUGAAGCUAGAGAGAAACCCAAGGAAACCAUGCCUAAGUUUUCUGCAAACGGAUGGGAGAGGUUAAGUCUCCAAGUCAGCGAUACGCUCAGGGAACAAGAAAAAUUAUCAGAAGAAAGCACAUCCUUUUUGGAACAGAUCACAUUGUUGGAGUGCAAGGAUAUAGCAGCAGAGCAUGCCAUGUGGGUAUCCAAGCAUGCUCAAUUGGAACAGGAAUGCAAGGAUAUGUCAGCAGAGCGUGCUAUGUGGGAACAGGAGCGCGAGGAUGUAGUGGCAGAGUGUGCCAUGUGGGCAUCCAAGCAUGCUCAAUUGGAACAGGAAUGCAAGGAUAUAUCGGCAGAGCAUGCCAUGUGGACAUCCAAGCAACCUCGAUGGGAACAGGAGCACAAGGACAUAAUGGUAGAGCGUGCCAUGUGGGAACAGGAACACAAGGAUGUAGCAGCAGAGCAUGCCAUGUGGGAACAUGAGCGCAAGGAUAUAUCAGCAGAGCAUGCCAUGUGGACAUCCAAGCAUGCUCGAUGGGAACAGGAGCGCAAGGACAUAAUGACAGAGUGUGCUAUGUGGAAACAGGAGCAUGAAGAUAUAGUGGCAGAGUGGGAACAUGAGCGCGAGGAUAUAGCAGCAGAAUGUGUCGUGUGGGCAUCCAAGCAUGCUCAAUGGGAACAGAAGCACAAGGACAUAAUGGCAGAGCAUGCCAUGUGGGAACAGGAGCAUGAAGAUAUAGCAGCAGAGUGGGAACAGGAGUGCAAGGAAAUAGCAGCAGAACAUGCCACGUGGGCAUCCAAGCAUGCUCAAUGGGAACAGAAGUGCAAAGCUACAGUCACAAAACAUGUGUUGGCAGAUAAGGCACUUACUGCAAACAUGAUACGGCUGAAUUCCCCAUCAGAUGUUGCUAGGGCAGUUGGAGAGCGCCAGGUUUAUGAUGAGAUCACUUUGAUGAAGGCCAUGUUGAAGAGUCAAACAACAGCUGUGAACCAAUAA